CGCGGCAUAGGGGCCCGAGUCAGCAGUACAGUGCAGAGUGGUGGCGUGUGUGCCUGUGUGUGCGUGGCGGGCCGCGGGAAGCAAGGACCUCAAGGUGCUGUGCCGUGCUGUGAGCUGUCGUGUGCCCAGGCUGUACUUGCAUCUGAUCCGCUAGUGUGUCGUGUGCCGCAGCGAACACUCACACUCACACCCAGCAAGAGAGAGUGGUAGAAAAACAAGUGCGUGACCGAGUGAUGUAGAGACUGGAGUGAGUUGGAAUCUUGUUAAGAAAGUUUCCUGUGCAGUAACAAGCAGACGUGCCCCGUGGUGACCAGAGGCUCGGCGCGGCCACUCCCACGCCAUGCUCAACGCUCUGGCCUUCUGACGGGGCGGACAUACCACAGGAGCUCCGCCAACAGCCAGCCGGCCAACCAGCCAACCAGACAUCGCCCCAACCAACCCACCAGACAGCCAGACAGACCUGUCCCUCCUUCCCUCCUGUCCUUCCUGCCCCUUCUCCCUUCCCUUUCGCACAAGCUUACUGGAGGAAACCCGCUCAUAUACCCAAAGAGGAGGGGUGUAUCCAUAAUCUUCUAGUCCCUCUCUCCCUCCUGCCAUCCUCUGCUGUUGCUUCCACUUCCCCUUCACUCUUCGCUCCGCCAUGGCCCGCGAGGGAGACACGGGAUGCUGGUGCUGCUGCUGGAGGGUGCUAGUGGUGAUGCUGGUGAUGAUGGUGGGUGCUGCCUCCGCCAAACUUAUCUAUGUGGAGGAGAAUCUACCACUACCGGGAGAGGAGUCACCGCCCGGGUCCCCAUGGCCACUGCCUCGGGAGUGGUCACAGUCGCCCCUGCAGGUGACCCUUGACCCAACCACCUUCAUCAUCUCCGCUGACCUCCUCGGCUGCAACGUCAUCGAUUACGCCAUCCACAGGUACCUGAAUUUGACCUUCAUUGGCGGGGACACAAAGGCUGACGUGGGCCUGCCAGUGCUGCCCUUCCUCAAUGUGACUGUGGCCUCAGGUUGUGACCACACACCUCACCUCAACCUAGAUCCCAAUUAUGAGUCCUACACCCUGGAGAUAACACAGACUGAGGAGGGUGUGUCUGGACGGCUGGAUGCUCACACAGUCUGGGGUGGCCUGAGAGGACUGGAGACCUUCUCACAACUGGUUCACAUCGCUGAGCCAGACAAUGUGUACCGCCUCAAUGUCACUAAGAUCAAGGAUGCUCCCAGGUUCCCUCAUCGCGGCCUGCUUGUGGACACCGCCAGACACUUCCUCCCUAAGAAUAUAUUGCUUGAUGUGCUGGACUCAAUGGCAUGGAACAAGCUCAAUGUUCUUCACUGGCAUAUUGUUGAUGACCAGAGCUUCCCCUAUGAGUCAAGAAUCUUCCCCAACAUGUCCCUCUAUGGUGCCUACACGCCUCGCCACGUCUACACACAGGGGGAUGUUAUGGAUAUUGUUGAGUUUGCAAGGUACCGAGGCAUCCGAGUCAUCCCAGAGUUUGACACACCAGGCCAUGCACAGGGCUUUGGCAAGGCUUUUCCUCAUCUUCUGACUCCUUGUUAUGGGGAUGGCAAGACAGCAGGCACCCCAAAGUAUCCUUUCCAUGCUGCUUAUGAGAAUCUUGACCCAACAAAUCCACAGGUGUAUGACUUCUUGAAAGCCUUCCUGGUGGAUCUGAAGCACACCUUUGUGGAUGGCUACAUCCAUAUGGGCCUGGAUGAGGUGUUCUUGCCUUGCUGGAAUAGUUCACCUGUUGUCCAUGAAUUCAUGGCCAAACACAACUACACGGAGGUGCGUGAUGUAGAACAGCACUAUGUAGAGAAGGUCCUGGAGCUGGCUGAGCUGACACCUCUCAACUACAUCACAUGGCAGGACCCAGCUGACCGUGGCACCAAGAUGCAAAACACAAGUGUGGCUCAGGUGUGGAAGGAUGUGUCCCUUUCGUCCAAGAUGCGAGGCUGGCGGGAGUAUGUGCGUGACCUGACAGAAGCUGGACACCAGGUUAUUGUCUCCUCCUGCUGGUAUAUCAACUACAUCACCUAUGGCCAGGACUGGAAGAACUUCUAUAAAUGUGACCCAACUGAUUUCCAAGGAACCCCACAGCAGAAGGCGCUGGUGCUGGGUGGCGAGGCGACCAUGUGGGGGGAGUACGUAGACGCCACCAAUCUGCUGCCCAGGCUGUGGCCAAGGGCAUCUGCCGCGGCAGAGAGGCUUUGGUCUGUGCCGCUGAGUGAGGCGCCUUCUGUGGACAUUGCAGCCUACCGCCUUGACCAACACCGAUGCAGGAUGCUAAGACGAGGCAUUCCAGCCCAGCCUAUCCUCAACGGCUACUGCGGGGAAUGGGAGGUGCCCCAGGUGGUUACUAUGUCGACACCCCCCACCGACUACCACCACCACCACAACUACCACCACCACCACCCCUCCACCGACUACCACCACUACAUCAACCACCACAACGACUUCUACUACUCCAUCGACAACAACGACAACUACCACUCCAUCCACCACCACUACCACCACUACCACCACACAGCCGACUACAUCAGCGACCAACCCCCCAGCAGAAGCUCCAGCAGGUGACCAGACGCAAGGGGAGAGCCAGGGAGACCAACCAUCCUCUGCUGCCACUACUGUAGCUCCGCCAGCAGCAACUCCUGCACCGGAAGCCACCCAGAAUGAGUCUACGGGCGGGGCUGGUACCCGGUGAAGGAGCAAUAUGGCAGCGGCUACUACUACAGGAGCACCGCCAGUCCUCCUAUCUCAUGCAUUUGCUGCCUGAUGUAUCCCCAGCCUCUAGCCCAUCACCCUCGCCGUCAGGAGGAAUCUUACAAUCACGAUAUGUGCGAUAAUUAUGACCUUGGACCUUGUGCUCUUCAUUUAUCAGAAUUUAGGGAUUGUCAGCGCCGUCUGUUAGUGUAAGGAAAUAAGUAUCUCAGCCAUGCCCCGCGCCAUGCCAUGCCUCACUCCUGCCCCUCCCUCAGUGUCCCAGUGCCCCGCCGCCACCCAGUCGCUCCUUUACUUAGCAACUCCAUCUGCCUUUCACUCGCAUUGUUGAAUACUGCAUUUACUAUUUUUGUAUUAUUCUUAUUGCAUAUACUCACGCAUCAAUUCGUAGGGCCCCAAGAGAGAGAGAGAGAGAGUGAGUGAGAGAGAGAGAGAGAGAGAGAGAGAGAGUGUGUGAUAUUAUUUUAGUGUUGCCUAUUGCGGUAACAUCUCUUGAACAAUAAAGUUUUGAGAAGA